UGCAACUUUGUUUACGUCAAUGUGACGUUUAUAAUCGAUUAUCAUUAUGCUUUAUAAAUUAGGAGAAAGAGUAUCUAAAAAUUAGGGUUGAAAUAUUGUGGAAAACAACAGAAAGAGAAGGAUAUGCGGCUAAUUGCUGCUAUAUUUAUUGCCUUGAGCAUAGCCUGUAAUCUGGCUUUUGAAUUGAAAGACUUCACUUUUGGAGAUCACGAUUACAAUAGUCUUUUGAAUGUCUUGAACGAAACAAAUAAGAAAUGUCCAGAUGUCAGUCGGAUUUACAGUUUAGAUGAAAAGACUGUGGAAGGCCGAGAUUUGGUAGUCAUAGAAUUUACAGCAGAAAAACCUGGGACGCAUUUAGCAGGGAAGCCAGAAUUUAAAUAUGUUGGAAACAUGCAUGGAAAUGAGGUUGUAAGCAGAGAAGUGUUGUUGGCCCUUAUAGCCUAUUUAUGCCAGGGAUACAGAGAGCAAGACCCAGAGGUUGUGUGGCUGAUGGACAAUACACGUAUUCACAUUAUGCCCUCCAUGAAUCCUGAUGGUUGGGAGUUGGCUAAUUCACGCCCAAGGAAGAAUGGUCAGAAGCCAUGGUUGGAUGGCAGGGCUAAUGCAAAUGAGGUUGAUUUAAACAGAAACUUCCCAGAGGUUGACAAGCUGGAAUAUAAAUAUGAAAAACUGGAGGGUGGACUUAACAACCACAUUAUGUCACUCAGCAAGGCACUCAGCAAAAUGAACCUUGCUCCAGAGACCCGAGCGGUCAUUAAAUGGUUGUACUCUAUCCCCUUUGUACUGUCAUCUAAUCUGCAUGGUGGAGAUUUGGUGGCUAAUUAUCCAUAUGACGAAUCUCGUGAUGACAGAAAGACCUCACAAUAUUCAGCCUCACCAGAUGAUGGCUUGUUCAGAUACUUGGCCAAGUCUUACUCUAAACACCAUCUCACUAUGUCAGAUCCAUCGAGAAAACCAUGUGACAUGUCAGGUGACCUUGAACUGCCAGAGUUCAAGGAUGGCAUUACCAAUGGUGCAAAGUGGUACUCAGUAGCUGGAGGUAUGCAAGAUUUCAACUACCUGGCGACUAACUGCUUUGAAACUACCUUGGAGUUGGGUUGCAAUAAAUUCCCUUAUCCUGAGGAGGAGAAGAAUUAUUGGGAAGAGAACAAAGCAGCUCUCCUCAACUACAUGUUUCAAGUGCAUAUUGGUAUAAAGGGGUUGAUACAGUCAGGUGGGAAGAGAGUGGGUAAUGCUACCAUCAAGGUGAUGAACAUGCCAUCUGGAUCUCCUAUCAAACAUGAUGUUCUUUCAGGGAAACAGGGCGACUACUAUCGUCUAUUGCUGGAUGGAGACUACAAGGUCAGAGUUGUUGCUGAAGGAUUCCACCCAGAAGAACGUUGCAUCACUGUGGCUAAUAAACAGAUGCAACAAGCUCAGGUUGUGAACUUUGAUCUCACCCCUUCUAAUAAAGAGAGAACAAAAGGACAAACUGGUUGCAUUCCCACCAAACAGUUGGAUCUUAGUAGUGGAACAGAGCAGUUUCUUCAAGAUUCUUUGUAUGACAAGCUUUAUGGAGACUAUGUAUACAACACUAAAGACUACCAACUGUACAACUAUUUACAAAGGAUACUCAAGUCUGUAACUGGAAAUUAGUCUCUCAGGAUUCAAGUCAACUUUUUGCUGUCGUAUAGGUCUACAAACUUUCUCCUUAAUCAGGAUGGUGAUUUUCUGUCAAGACCCUCAACAUUUCCAAAGGACAAAGAAGCUCCAAAACAUUCUUCUUUUUUCAUAUUUUAGGAAAGAAGCUUCAUUGUAAAUUACAGUUAAACUUUGGUAUAUCAAACACUUAUAUCUCAAAUUGCAUGAGUAUCUUGAAGUUAGUUGGCUGUCCCUAUUGUUUUUACUGUAUCAAUGAUAAGAUAAUCCAGUAUGUUGAUCAUGAAAAUCUUGAAUAUCCUGCUAAUCUUGAUAUAGAUUGACAUUCUCAAGUGUUCAAAUCAUAUGCUACAUGUAUUUGUCAAAGUCCAAUAAUUAAAUUCACCAUUCCAUUGCUUUCAUAGUUUUCCUUAGUCCAGCAACAUCAAGAUACCGAAGUUUAACUGUAUCCCCAUGCAUAAUUGAAUGUUUCAUAAUAUUUUGAUAUGUUUUUGACACAUUUGUUUUAGAAACUUGUCUCCUUUAAUUGUGAUACUUGAAAUCCUUUACAAGUUUACAUGUUGUUGAAAAAGCAUUUUUCAAAAAAAAAUUCUUCAUAUUUUUGAUUAUGAUUAAAUAUUUUACUAAAGGGUAUGAUAUAUUUUAAGUGCAAUAUGUUAAUUGAUGUUAAGGCAUUUAUUUGUUGUUUUUCCCAUAAGGUGGUAAAACAAAAUUGGGACCAAGAACAAAAGAUGUAACAUCCAGCAAUAGUCGAACAAGUUUGAUUCAUAAAGACAAAUUUUGAUAAGCCUUAAAAAAAUCCUUUACCUUUUAUAUUGUUUGUUUUAUUGUUAUGAAGAGAAAACUUUUGGUUUUUGGACAUAGAUGUUUAGUUUUUGGAUAUCAAUUACUGGGUCUCAGAGUUGUUGUUGUUGUUGUUGUUCAGAGUAUUGAACAAACUCAAGUGAAUAGUAUUACCUCUAUGACAGACUAUGUCCAUCAACUGCCUUAGCACUACACAAAAAAAAACAUUAGCAAAAAAAAACAAACAAAAAAACCGUACAGUUGUUUGAUGUAUAUAAAUACUUUGGUCAUAUAUUUUAUGGAAAAUUUUAACUAAGCUGUGGUAUUUACUCUAGAAUUUCCUUAUAAGCAUUUGUUUCAACAAUAUUGACUUAAACACAUUCGAUCUUUCUUGACGUAAGAUUUUAUUGAUAUUUUAUGUGGUUACAUAUAUUUAAGCAGACAACGUAUACUUGUUUCCAUUAAAAAAAACUUUCUUCCUCUGAAUGUUAUCAACAAGUGUUAUAAUAAAGGUUACUGCAGAAUUAAAAAAAAUUAAAAUUUUUGUUUACAAAACAUGUUAACACUCCUGUCUUGCAUAACUCCUUAACCCACCAAUAUCAAUUUUGUUUGUGAUUUCUGUGAUAAAUAAAUGUGCAAUCAAAGUCA